AUGGAAAAAUCCAAAAAUUUCCGGAUCGAUGCUCUCCUAGCAGUCGACCCUCCCAAAGCAGCCGCCGCCGCCUCCGCACAGACCUCACCGUUGGCCUUGGUCACCUCCCUCGCCAAUACAUCUGGCCACAGCAGCAGCAGUAACAGCAGCAGCUGCAGCCCCCCGUCCUCCUCCGAGCGCCACAGCGGCGGCUCCUCGGACUGCCUGCGGACUGAGAGCCCUUCGCCGCCGCGGAUCCUCGCCGCGCAUUGCGGGCUGGUGCCCAAGCCCGGGUUCCUGACCAGCACCAGCAGCACCAGCAGCCAUCACCACCACCAUCACUCCGCCGGGGGCAUGGCCCUGGGACUGCACCAGGGGGGAGCGGGCAUCCCCACCCAGGCUGCCCUCUACGGGCACCCCAUGUACAGCUAUUCGGCAGCCGCUCUGGCCGGGCAGCACCCCGCUUUGUCUUACUCCUACUCCCAGGUACAAGGGGCUCACCCUUCUCACCCUGCAGCAGACCCCAUCAAACUCAGUGCCGGGACUUUUCAGCUGGAUCAGUGGUUACGAGCAUCCACAGCGGGCAUGAUCCUCCCCAAAAUGCCGGACUUUAACUCCCAGGCGCAGUCCAACCUGCUGGGGAAGUGCCGGCGACCCCGCACCGCCUUCACCAGCCAGCAGCUGCUGGAGCUGGAGCAUCAGUUCAAACUGAACAAAUACCUCUCCAGGCCCAAGCGCUUCGAGGUGGCCACGUCUCUCAUGCUCACGGAGACCCAGGUGAAGAUCUGGUUCCAGAACCGGCGCAUGAAAUGGAAGCGGAGUAAAAAGGCCAAGGAGCAGGCGGCACAGGAGGCAGAGAAGCAGAAGAGCGGACUGGGCGGCGAGGACAAGGCUGACGCGGAGCUGCUGCUGCCGGCCCCAGAGAAGAGCAGCGGCCGCCGGCUGCGGGAGCUCAGGGACAGCGACCCCGAGGAGGAGGAAGCCGGGCACUGCUGCCCCUACAACUCCUCCGACUGCUCCGAGGGUGAGGAGGAGGAGACACAGCCCCGCAGCAGGCAGCCGCCCCCCGGCCAGCCCCAGUGA